UGCUGCAAGCAGACAUUUCUUGGUGACUAUGGAGCAGAUCAUGCAGAUGCAAGACGAUAUCCACAAGCUCAAGAAGCUGAUGGACUCGGUAUUCGACAAGAUCGAGAACCAGUCGGAGCAGUGUCCGUACGAUACCGCCGAUGCCUACACGGAUAAGGACCGGAUCGUUGAGAUGCUUAAUCGUCUGAGCUCCAGGAUGGCCGACGCUGACAUGUCGAACCUUACUGCGACGCCGACGAAGGACGCCACACCGGAGGACAUCGCGGAGCUGAAGCAGGGCAUCAACCGCAUCGAGGCAGAGCGUCAGAACAUCAAUCGCCGUGCUGGCGCAUCGCUCAAGGGGGUCUUGUAAUAUAUUCACGGGCGAGGGUGCUGCUAUUCACAACGAUGCCUGACCAGCCUUGCUAAUCUGUUAGCGUACCGGUACUGCUGCCCCCACCACUAAGCUCAAAUGUAUCUGAAUUAGCAACCUC